AUGGCCGCCAUAGACUCAGUCAGCCCAAAACAACUCCCCAGAAUCGACACAACAAUGUCGUCAUUCCAGACAGAAUCAGUCGAAGAUAGACUUCUAUCAGCGACUGCCACCGUGCUAAGUUUGCCGAGGAAUAGCAUAGAAUUAUUCGACUCGUUUUCUGACUUGGGCGGCGACAGACCCACAGCCGUCGCCCUUAGGAAAAGGUGCAUGAGCCUCGGACUUGGACUGAGGACGAGCGACAUUCUACGCUGUCAAACCUUGGCGGAGCUUCAGACCUGCAUCACCCCCUUCGUUCAGACCGCGUCUGUGUCCAAGGAUUCUGAAGGAGAGAGCAGCACCUCUCCCUCCGAUGUCUUCAGCUCAAGUCCCAGACGAAACAGCGCCUGCUCAACUUCCUCGUGCGAUUCCAGCAACAGUUCCGACGCAGCGCCAAUAAAAUCACCACAUUCAGAAAUCGAACGAUUCAUCCAGUCUACGUCCCAGAUCAGGAGCGCAGCCGUAAUUAGACCAAAGGCUGGCUUCUUGGAGGGCAAGCUCGUGGCAUUCCUGACGUUGGCGUCGGGCCGGAUAUCGCAAACCAGCCUGUCCAGUAUCCGACUCAUUCCCCAAUCGCAGAUGCACUUUGCAGGGAGCCAGGUCGCAGCUGUCCGACUGGCUCUCGAAACCUCGGAAGGGUCUCAUUCGGUGCCAAAUUCAUGGAUCGUGCUUGACCAAAUGCCUUCAAACGGGGAGGGCUCCGUCGACCGGAGGCGGCUCCAAACAUGGAUUCAGAACAUCAACGAGGAUAUGUAUCACCAAAUAUCGAGUCUCGAGUCUCACGAGCUCUUCCAGGAGCCCUUGACCGAGAUGGAACGUGUUUUGCAAAAGAAGGUCGCCGAUGUUCUUCGGAUACCACAGCGGCAAGUUGGCCUGAACUUCUCAUUCGGUCAACUCGGCGGCGAUGACAUUUCCGCCAUGAUGCUUGUCGCGGCAUGUCGGACCGAGUCAAUCAUAGUGAGACCCGAGGACGUUCAUCAAUGUCCGACCUUGGGGCAGCUUGCAUCACUCGCAUACCGCAAAACUCAUCGCAACGACACAUGGAACGAGGAGUCUACCGAGGGCUUCAAGCUGUCGCCAGUACAGCAGCUUUACUUCGAUACCGGCAUUGGCGGCCGCAUUGAGCAGCGAAUGGACACUGGUGGUGGCUACCGGUUCAACCAAAGCAUAUUGCUUCGCGUCAAGAACAAUUCGACACUGGAAGAUAUUCACGCCGCCAUCGCCACUGUGGUCGGUCAUCACUCCAUGCUGCGCGCUCGUUUUAGGCCAGGCGUCGACGGUUGGACUCAACGGAUUAUUCCCAAAGUCGACGGGUCAUAUGGAUUUCGCUACCACUCGGUGAGCACGACAGAGGAGGUCAUGGACAUUAUUGCGCAGUCACAGUCAAGUAUCAACAUCGAAUCCGGGCCGGUAUUCUCAGUCGAUCACUUUCGAACUCAUGAUGGCCAGCAGCUUGUCUACCUACUCGCUCACCACCUCGUCGUGGACAUGAUGUCAUGGCGUAUCAUCAUUCAUGAUCUCGACGAGUUAUUGCGAGAGGGAACUUUGUUCUCAGAACGUUCCAUGCCGUUCCAACGAUGGAAUGAGCUUCAAGAAGAAUAUAUCAGCAGCAAUCCGGACCAGCUUGCGAUGCCUUACGAUCUUCCCAGCGGCCAGUACGAUUACUGGGGUCUCGAGGACUCACACAACACCUACGCCGAAAUAUCAGUCGCAAGCUUCACCCUCACUCCGGAACUGACGGCGAUUCUUCACACAGCAUGCAACCAAGUCUUCAAGACUGACAUGUCCGACAUUUACAUGGCGGCGCUCCUCCUCUCAUUCAGCCAGACGUUUCAUGAUCGUAAGGCGCCUGUGGUGUGGAACCAAGAGCAUGGCAGAGAACCUUGGAGUCAGGAUAUCGACAUCACAGAGACCGUCGGUUGGUUCACAUCACUGUGCCCCGUGUCCAUGUCUGUCGACAUGGCCGAUGACUUCCUUCACAUUUUGCGCAAGAUGAAAGAUACAAGGCGCUCGAUCCCCCGCCGUGGUUGGAAUUACUUCGCAUCUCGAUAUUUUGGUCCCGAGGCCGCCACUCGCAGUACUGAAGGUUGGCCUUUCGAGAUGAUGUUCACUUACGCCGGCUCUGUUCAACAGCUUGAGCGGGAAAAGGGCGUUCUUGAGCAACUCACCAUUCCUGGAAGGCUAUGGUCUACCGAUGCCGCCGACAUUGGCUCUAGUGUGUCCAGAAUUGCUCUCUUCGAGGUCUCCGCCAUGGUCGAUCAAGGUUCAGCUUCCGUCCAAAUUGUCUACAACAAGAACUCCAAGCACCAGGACAAGAUUGCUGACUGGAUUCAAAUGUAUGAGCAUCUGCUUUACGAAGCCAUUGGCAGAUUGCGGUACCGUGGCCAAGAACUCACUUUAUCUGAUGUUCCUAUGCUGGACACCACUUACGAGGGCCUUGCGAAACUCAACACCGACCGAUUGGUCGCCCUCGGCCUAUCCAGUGCUCGGGACAUUGAGGACGUCCUCCCCGUCACAGCGCUGCAGCAAGAAAUACUCAUCAGCCAAACCCAAGAUCUGGAGACCUGCCACAACAGUGCCAUCUACGAGCUGUCGUCACCGAAUGGCGUCUUGGCUGACCAGGCUCAAAUUUGUACCAUUUGGCAGCAGAUCGUCGCAAAGUACCCAGCUCUGAGGACUGUCUUCAUCGACAGUAUUUCCGAAGAUGGUCUUUUCGAUCAAGUCAUCCUGCGAAAGUGCUCACCGGAUAUGCUUUUUGUCGACGCCGAAGCAGGAACAGACCCCUUGGCUGUUCUCGAUGCCUUGCCACCGAUGAGUCCGACGCCGUCUAAUCCGCGCCACCGAGUGUCAGUGUGCAAGUCCCACGCGAGCACUUUCCUGAGGCUUGACAUCAGUCAUGCGCUCUGUGAUGCUUUGAGUCUUCAAAACAUUGUUUGGGACUUGAAGAGAAUGUACAACUCUAGCAAGCUGUCGAUGAAGAUGCUUGACCCAUCACACGCGGCUUGCAUACAAUACAUCUCAUCUGCUCGACAAGAUAACAGUCUCAACUUCUGGAUUGGACGUCUUCAAGAGACUCGGCCAUGCUUGUUCCCGCGCCUCAUGACAGUGAACAAUACCGCCAUGCAACACACAAACUUCCACAUUGAAUUGCCGGUAGCUCAGAUCGACGAGUUCUGUCGAUCGCAAGGUAUCAGUCGAUCAACGGUCAUGCGCAUGGCUUGGGGUCUUGUUUUACGCGCCGUCACCGGCUCAAGCCAAGUUUGCUUUGGCUACCGCUCAUCAGGUCGAGAUGCAGGAGACGCUCCCGCGGGCUUGAUUCUUUCAGUCGGCGCUUUCGAGAACACAACGGCAUGUUCAGUUGGCCUCCAAAACCACAAAUCCGUUGCAUCAAUCCUCAAAUCCGUCGAGGAUGACGCUGCCGCUUGCAGACCGCAUCAGAACGUACCAAUGUCGGAGAUCCAGCACGCUUUGGGCCUCAAAGGCGACAAGCUCUUCAACACCUGUCUAUCGUACCAAGAAGAGCCCCACGAGCUCAAGAGCCGAUUCAGCUCCACGCGUCCACCCAUGAGGCUCUCCUGCAUUCAAGCUUUCAACACUCCUGAUUUUGACGUCACAUUUUCCCUGACUCUUGUCAAUGGACAGCUUGUCACCGGCGUUUCUCACAGGCUCAUGACUCCCUCCCAGGCGCAAAACCUCACAAAUACUUUUGGGCGUGCUGUCAUUGCCAUACUUGGAAACCCGGAGGGUGCACUCGGCAGCAUCGACCUUUUCACCGACAGAGACUAUGCCCAGUUGUUGAUCCGGGACUGGGGAUCGGAGAAUGCAAAUGAUCCUACCCCUGGCUGCGUCCACGCCUUGAUUUCACAGCAAGCACGACUCCGCCCAGAUGCUCAGGCUAUCUGCGCCUGGGAUGGCGGGCUCUCGUAUAGACAGGUUGGCCGUCUCGUUUCUCGUCUGGCCAUAUACCUCACCCAAUGGGGCGUUCGUCCCGGCGUUUCCGUACCUGUCAUUCUAGACAAGAACAAAUGGGCCGUCAUCAGUAUUCUGGCCGUGUUGAAGGCCGGUGGCUGCUUCGUGCCCAUUGACGCCGAAGAUCGAGCCAAUGUUGAGACAUUCGUCCGCCAGCUCUCGCCCAAGGUCGUCAUCGCAACGGACAUGCUCUGGAAGAAUUUGGAGGCAAUCGUCGAUGGAGUCGUGGUCGUGGAUGACACUCUUUUCGAGGUUGACUUCUCACUGGAGGCACCCUUGCCCAUGGCCGCGCCAAAUGAUGCCGCCUGCAUUCUUCUUUCGCCAGGCUCGUCCCGUGGCAGAGAAGCAAAGGGAAUCAUCUUUCACCAUGCAGCCCUGUCUUCAGCAUUCGUCACACAGGGUCGCGCCCUCAAUCUCAACAUGGAGAGUCGUGUCAUGCAGCUUUCGUCUUUCAAUGUCGAUACUGCUUUGAUCGAGCUACUAUCGACAUUGGUGCACGGCGGCUGUGUUUGUGUCCCUUCUUCUGUCGAGAGAACUAGCGACAUUGUCGGGGCAGCUCGCAGGAUGGAUGUCAACUGGACCUACAUGACACCCGUCCUGGCACGAAAGAUGACACCCGCUGCGAUCCCCAGUCUGAAGACCGUCUGCUUCAGAACCCGGCGCCUGGACGAAGAUACCUGCGCGCCCUGGGUAGCCAAGACGAAAGUCCUGCUCGCCUACGGUGCCCCCGAUAUUUGCCCCCUCGGUGUUUCCGUCUUGGAGGUCAAGAAAGCUGCCGAUCUUACCCGUGUGGCACCUCCAUUCCUCGGAAAAUUCUGGAUUGUCAACCCUGAAGAUCAUCGUAGGCUGAUGCCUAUCGGCGCAAUCGGCGAGCUCAUCAUCGAGAGUCCCACGCUGGCGCAUCGAUUCAUUCCCGGUCAACCCUUGGCGCACCUACCUCAGGACUCUGACAUAUCGCUCGAGGAUGGCAAGCCUCGAACGCGCUACUUUAAGACAGGCCACCGUGUACGGUACAUGGAAGAUGGCCUGCUCGACUUCGUCUCUAGUGGCCGCGACGAUGUUGAAAUCAAUGGGCAAGUCAUUCCAGUUGCUGAGGUUGAGCAGAAGCUCCGCCGAUGUUUAGGCCAAGGCGUGGAUCUCGCUGUUGAAUCCAUUAUCAGCCGCGACGCGCAACCCUCACUUGCUGCCUUUGUCGAGCUUGGAGAGAAGCUGUUUGAGGGAUCGGAAGAUCUGACAAGGAUCUCUAUCACCACCAAAGAGCGCACGUACAUUGCGAAGAAGCUCAUCGAGUCCUCAUUGGGCACUAGUCUGCCAUCGCACAUGAUGCCAACCAUCUUUGUUCCCGUUAGGCAUCUUCCUGUCACGCCCUCAUUGAAGGUCAAUCGUCGCAAGCUCCAGAAGAUGGUCAGUUGGUUGUCACAGGAACAGCUACAGGCUCUCUCCUCAGUCACAUCGCCCGACGAAGUCCGCGCGGUUGGCAUCAAGCCUCUUCCGCUUACCCAGGUCGAGGAACGUAUGAGAUCUAUCUGGGCGACUGUCCUUGGAGUAGAUGCUUCAGGCAUACGAGGAAAUCAGAGCUUCCCUAUGCUGGGCGGCCAGAGCUUCCUCGCAGGCCAGCUUGUUGUCGCAUGCCGUAAACAGGGACUCAUCAUUGCCCUGCCUGAUAUUUUGCGUGGCGCAACCCUCACAGAGCUUUGUCAAGGUGUAACGCUAAGCGCAGACUAUGCUCUUGAGACUGCAGAACCCGAACAAACCGCCGCCCCGUCCUUGGGGUCCACCGCAGAGAUGCUUUUUGAGGAGCAAUUUAUCAAAGAUGUGAUUGCUCCAAAGCUCAACGUCGAACGAGACGCCAUCAAAGAUGUCGCAGAAGCAUCUGCUACUCAGCUCAAAUUCCUCGAGGCCGGUCUGCUGAAAGGAAGUUCAAGCCUCACUUACUUCACCUUCAGCUUCACCGGCGCAGUCCAGACAAAGAAACUUGAGGCCGUCUGCAUUUGCCUCGCCAAGAUCCACCCCAUUCUGCGGACUGCCUUUGUCUCUCACGAGAGGCGGGUUUACCAGGUCGCCUUUAAGUCUUUUGUCCCAGAGUUCAAGAGGAUCGAGGUUCCAACAUGGAGGGUAUCGGCGAUGACGGAGAAGUUGAUCAAGAGAGACCAAACAGGCUCUUUCAACCUCGAGGUUCCCAUGACAAAGUUCUUCUUCGUCGACGCCGGAAAGCAGUCUAAUCUGGUCCUGCGAUUGUCUGGAGCGCAGUACGACGACGCUUCUAUCUCGCUUUUGCUGCAGCAUCUGAAGAGCAUCUACAAUGCGCCGUCCUGUCCGCCGCGAAGAGCGACCUACUUUGAUUUUGUCCGCUCUACGCAGUUGGCUCAUGCCACUGGUGCACAGGAUCACUGGUCGUCCAUGCUUGAUGGCGCUAAGAUGACCCAAGUCAUUGCCCACAGCAAGCCCCCAGCGAUAAGCACCAACGUCAAGGUAAUGACGCAGAAGGUCUCGGUCAUGUCCUUGGCCAACUUGGGCAUCUCCUUUGACACUGUAGUCAAGUCAGCCUGGGCCAUGGUUCUUGCCAACCUCUCCGGCUCAGGCGACGUCCUCUUUGGUGAGAUUGUCGAGGGAAGACACCUCAGGCUGGCCGACGGAUCCGAUGUUUCGGGUACCCUUGGCCCAGUAUCAAACGCGAUUCCAGUCCGCGUGCGUUUUGCGGAGACUCUGAGCAGCCCUCUUGAGCUUCUCAAAUAUGUUCACGGCCAACGCGUCAUGAGCAUUCCGUUUGAGAACAUGGGCUGGCUCGAGAUCGUCGAAAAGUGCACCAAGCUCCCGUACUGGACGCGCUUCAGCACGGUCGUCGAGCAUCGCCAUCAGGAAGCCGCCAAGGAAGCAGCAGUCUUCAACCUCGGCACCACCAAGUGCAAGUUCAGCGUCCAAGAACCUCUCAGCAGGGACGUUUACGACUUGCACGUUACUUCUACCCAAGAAGAUGCUAGCAGCGGUGAUAUUUCUAUUACCUUCUGCGAGAACCGCAUCCCGAGUUUGUUUGCCAACGAGACACUUAAAGCGCUCUGCUCCGGCAUUGAGCUUCUCACUUCGGUUUCCAUGCUUCACCCGCUUAUCCCCUCCUCGGCCGACUACUGCGCCGUCGCACCGCAGAUUCCCUUGCCUCAUCUGGACAUGGAGACAAAGGCGACCAAUGCCGGCUCUUCCUUGUCUGAAGACCACCGUAAAGCUAUCCAGCUAGGCAUCUCCAAAGUCUGGACAAAGAUUCUGGAUCCCCGGUCACUCGGCGUUCCAGAAUCACAACUCCCCAACGCGGCGUUUUACGAUCUCUGGGGCAGCAUGAUGCCCGCAUCUCAACUCGCCGAGUGCCUUACGCAGGAGCUGCCCAAACUGGGUCUACCUGGGACUCACAACCUGUCAAUCUCCAUGGAGGAGAUCAUGGCGCACCCGACAAUGGCGGAGCAGUUCGAGCUCGUAGCGCGCAAGAUGCGCGACGCAAAGAGAAGGACCAUUGCCGAGGUCCUCUCACCCAAGUCGCACCCCGCGUGGAGCCGCGGGUUGAAGCGACUGAGCACAACAGUGAUCCGCGACAAGGCCUCUCACCAAAGCGUGCUGAGCAGCACCAGCGCCAGCUCAUCUAGUUCCGUGGACGCCUAUCGCAACCCGAGCGCGCAGCAGCCACCCAUGGACUCCAUCACCGAGGGCGCCAUCAGCGGCGUAGGCAGUGUUCGCGCGAGGAGGCCGGCGUCGCCCGUCGAGCUGGAGGGCCCACGGAGGCCGAAAUUGAGUCUGGCGGUUCAGCAUGACGGGAGUAGUAUGGAGAGCAUGACGACUGGUAGCAGUCGUACGGAUGAGGAGGGCGAAGCGAACCGCGAAAGUGCGGAGAAUGAGAAUGAAGACGGCGAUGUGGUUAGUCCGUUGAGUGUUUCGACUGCGCCGACUCCGUUGCUUGGGCGGCCAUAUUUCUUUUUCGCCGCAAUUGUCUCUAGACCACCUCUUCUCCGGUCUCCGUAUCAUAUCGGAAUCCGCAACAAGGGCCCCGGCGCCGGACUGGGAAUUCUCCAAGCCUCUGACCUCGUCGCAACUCUCCGUGAACUCGGUCUCAUGGUAAACGAGACUGAAGUCGAGCCGGCAGAUGAGAGGUCAUGA